UCUUAAUACAAUCAAUAUGGCUUUUGAACACUCUCUUAUGCUGUUAGGGAUUCUUAUCUUCCUCAUUAGCAUGUUGCUUCUUACUAAGCCAUCAAUGGCAGAGGGUGAUCAAGAUAUCAUCCCUGCAAACUUUAGCCGUAGUUAUUUUCCUGAUGAUUUCAUUUUUGGUACAGCUACUUCUGCUUAUCAGAUCGAAGGUGAAGCAAAUAAAUCAGGUAGAGGACCUAGCGUCUGGGACACAUUUACUCAUAAAACUCCAGAAAGAAUAUUGGAUAGAAGUAAUGGAGAUGUUGCAGUUGAUUUUUAUCAUCGCUACAAAGAAGAUAUUUUAAAUGUGAAGAAGAUGGGUUUUAAAGCUUUCAGAAUGUCCAUCUCAUGGUCUAGAGUUAUUCCUAGUGGAAGAAGAAGCAAAGGAGUGAACCACAAAGGAAUUAAAUUUUACAAUGAUGUUAUUAAUGAAAUUAUAGCAAAUGGACUAGAGCCUUUCAUUACUAUUUUUCAUUGGGAUACUCCUCAAGUUCUAGAGGAUGAGUAUGGCGGCUUUUUAAGCUCUAAUAUUAUAAAAGAUUAUCGUAAUUAUGCGGAUCUUCUUUUCAAACAAUUUGGUGAUCGAGUGAAGUAUUGGAUGACUUUCAAUGAGCCAUGGGCCCUUAGUGGGUUUGCUUAUGAUGAAGGCAUUUUUGCUCCUGGUCGAUGCUCAUCAUGGGUAAAUAGGCAAUGUCGUGCUGGAAAUUCAUCAACGGAACCUUAUAUAAUUGCCCAUCAUCUACUCCUUUCUCAUGCGGCAGCGGUACGAGUAUAUAGAAAACAUUACAAGCCAAUUCAAGGUGGUCAAAUUGGCAUAACACUUUUUACUUUUUGGUUUGAACCUCUCUCUAAUAGAACAAUUGAUAUUGAAGCAUCCAAAACAGCUCUUGAUUUCAUGUUUGGAUUGUGGAUGGAUCCUCUAACUCAUGGUCAAUACCCAAAGCGUGUGCAGAAUUUAGUGGGAGACAAAUUGCUCAAUUUUACUCAUAAAGACGUUCAAUUGCUUAUAAAAUCAUAUGAUUUUAUUGGAUUACAAUAUUACACUUCAUAUUAUGCAAAACCAAAACUUAUGAUUCAUGAUCCAAAUCAUGUUAGAUACAAAACUGAUAGUCACGUUAAUGUAACUCCUUAUGAUUAUAAUGAUAAACUCAUUGGUCCACAGGCUUAUUCACCUUGGUUUUAUAUUUUUCCAAAAGGUAUUCGAUAUCUUUUAAAUUACACCAAGGAUACAUACGAUAAUCCAGUAAUUUACAUUACUGAAAACGGGAUUGAUAGUAAGAAUAACGAAACUCAGCCGAUUAACGAAGCAACUAAAGAUUCAUUCAGAAUAGAUUACUAUAAAAAGCAUAUGUGGAAUGCCUUAGGUUCACUCAGGGAUUACCACGUAAAUGUAAAAGGCUAUUUUGCAUGGUCCUAUCUCGAUAAUUUUGAAUGGAAUAUUGGUUAUACUUCAAGAUUUGGUUUGUAUUAUGUAGAUUACAAAGAUAAACUUAAAAGAUAUCCCAAAGAUUCAGCUUUUUGGUUCUGCCGAUUCCUUUCUACAAAUUCAAAGCUGUGUGAUAAUCUCAGUUCAAACAAGUUUGCCAAGAUCUCUUCAAGGAAGCUCGGCAAGAAUAACUAGAUCAUCUGAAGGUGCCAUUAUUAAUCUGUGUAAUUUUGAGUUUCUUGUACUUCAAAUAAUAUCAUUGGAUUACUGCUUAGUUCCAAAUGUAAUAAAUUUGUUUGAUGCCUUAAUGCAUUAUUAUUUUAUCUUCGAAAUAAAUUCUACAGUUGCUUGAC